AUGGGGGACGAAGACCGGGCCCGGGGCGCUCCCGCGUCCCCUCCCCCCGCGCCCCGCGCCGGUCCUACCGAAACUCGGCGGGCUCGUAGUGUCGAGACGCCCCCCGCGGGGGCCUCGGGCCGAGAGGGAGGGUCCCGGAGGUCCGGGAAGAGGGGGAAAGGGAGAAAUUCGAGAAACAAGCCUCUCGGGGAGAACCAGACAAACCGGGUCCGGGCAUGGAGGGCGCAGUCGCCAGGGUGGGGCGGGGUCUGGGGCCCCGGGAACUGGGGGCGGGAUCUCGAGCUGAAGAGGGUGCUCCGCCUCGGCGGCUCGGGACUCGUGGGGUGGGGGAGGCGGGUAGGGAACCCCGAGGCCCGUGCGCUCCGGCUUCCCCGGGCUCUUCGUGACGCGGCACCCCGACGGGAGUCCAGCCGGCUAGGCGGGAGCUCCGCCCUCAGCCCCGCCCAGGCCAAAGCCCCGAACUGCGGUGGGGUCCUGGGGAGGUGGGUUUCCGUCCCGCUCGCCUCCCUCCUCCGCGCCCGGCGCCUCCCGCUCCGGCCCGGCUCAUUCCGCACAUUCCGGCCAGCCCCCUCCCGAAGACCCCCCUUCCCCGGCCCCCCUCUCGGCUCUUUUGGGCCCGGCGGAGCGGCCCGGCCGGAGCGCCCCCCCGAGCUCGGACCAGGCCCCGGCCGCCCAGCGGGCUCAGGCCCAGAGCCCAGAGAAACCAGCACAAUAGCGUCCAACAGCUGGAAUGCCAGCAGCAGCCCCGGGGAGGCCCGGGAGGACGGGCCUGAGGGCCUGGACAAGGGGCUGGAGAACGACGCGGAGGGUGUGUGGAGCCCCGACAUCGAGCAGAGCUUCCAGGAGGCCCUGGCCAUCUACCCGCCCUGUGGCCGCCGCAAGAUCAUCUUGUCAGACGAGGGCAAGAUGUACGGUCGAAAUGAGUUGAUCGCACGCUACAUUAAAUUGAGGACUGGGAAGACGCGGACGAGAAAACAGGUCUCUAGCCACUUGCAGGUUCUAGCCAGGCGGAAAUCUCGAGAGAUUCAGUCCAAACUCAAGGCCAUGAACCUGGACCAGGUCUCCAAGGACAAAGCCCUCCAGAGCAUGGCAUCCAUGUCAUCUGCCCAGAUCGUCUCUGCCAGUGUCCUACAGAACAAGUUCAGCCCGCCCUCCCCUCUGCCCCAGGCCGUCUUCUCCACUUCUUCUCGGUUCUGGAGCAGCCCCCCUCUCCUCGGACAGCAGCCUGGACCCUCUCAGGACAUCAAGCCCUUUGCACAACCAGCCUACCCCAUCCAGCCGCCCCUGCCGCCAACGCUCAGCAGUUACGAGCCCCUGACCCCGCUCCCCCCAGCUGCUGCCUCUGUGCCCGUCUGGCAGGACCGCACCAUCGCUUCCUCCCGGCUGCGGCUCCUCGAGUAUUCUGCCUUCAUGGAGGUGCAGCGAGACCCUGACACGUACAGCAAACACCUAUUUGUGCACAUCGGCCAGACGAACCCUGCCUUUUCGGACCCGCCUCUGGAGGCUGUCGACGUGCGUCAGAUUUAUGACAAGUUCCCAGAGAAAAAGGGGGGACUGAAGGAACUCUAUGAGAAGGGACCCCCUAAUGCCUUCUUCCUUGUCAAGUUUUGGGCUGACCUCAACAGCACCAUCCAGGAGGGCCCAGGAGCCUUCUAUGGGGUCAGCUCUCAGUACAGCUCGGCCGACAGCAUGACCAUCAGUGUCUCCACCAAGGUGUGCUCCUUUGGCAAGCAAGUGGUGGAGAAGGUGGAGACGGAGUACGCCAGGCUGGAGAACGGGCGCUUCGUGUACCGCAUCCACCGCUCCCCCAUGUGUGAGUACAUGAUCAAUUUCAUCCACAAGCUGAAGCACCUGCCGGAGAAGUACAUGAUGAACAGCGUCCUGGAGAACUUCACCAUCCUGCAGGUGGUCACGAGCCGGGACUCCCAGGAGACCCUGCUUGUCAUUGCUUUCGUCUUCGAAGUCUCCACCAGCGAACACGGGGCCCAGCACCAUGUCUACAAGCUCGUCAAAGACUAGGCUGCCCUCUGCCCGCCCCCUCCACCAGGAUCCAGGAUGAGCAUCUGUUCCACACCUGCCUGGCCCUCCCCCGAAAUCUGGGAUUGAGGACUCCCUCGCCUGCCAGGCCUCAGGCCCAGGACCCAGGAGGCCUCCCUACCCACCCCAAGCACACACACUCCCUGCCACUGUUCUGCGCUUUAAUUGUGGGAGAAGAGAGGAGGGCUCAGUGGUGGGGCAGCCUGCCAGAGAUGCUGAACAUCGCCCAGCUCUGUCCAGCUUCUGGUGAAUGGGAGGACCCCUUUGGGCUCACACACGUGUGGCCAAGCAGGGGAGGGUAGAAUGGAGACCAAGGGAGUCAGACUGCAGAGGCCUCAGGAAGGAGAGUGUCGAGUUGGGGUUAGGUUGAGAAGACAGAGGGGCCCACGCUUUCUUGUACCUGCUGUGUGCCAGGCCCGGUGCUAGGCCCCAUGCGUACCAAGUGCCUCUCAGACUGUGUGACGCGAGCGUGGGUCAUGGGUCUCGGUGUCUCACGAUGUGCUAAGACUCGAAGUUGAGCCAUUCGUGCAGGGCGGGGGCAGAGUUGGAAUUCUCACCCCGGGCUCCCUGUCCCCAGAGCCCAGGUUUACACUACCUCCCUGGAGGGGAUGGGAAAGAGGGUCUGUACUGGGAGCUGGGGCCAGCCAGGUUGGGAGCCUCCCGCCAGGGGAGCAGCUGCUCUGACCAGGCAGGAAAAGAGCAGCGGGUACUUGGCACCUGUUAGGUGCCCUCUGUUGGUCCCUGUGCUGACUUCCUCCACACUGCCCUGGCCCACGUCCAGUGCCUGAGCCCAUCAGCAGCUUCCUGAUGGGAGAAGGCCCCCAGGGGCAAUCUCCAAAAUAGCUUGGAGGGUCAAGUAGGAAGAUGGGAGUCCCAGCCUCUGGGUAGACUGGUGUCCCGGGGACAAGGGGUAGCAGAAAGGCUUUGAUAUUUUCUAAUGCCCAAGACUUGGGUUUGGUGAACUCUUGGUGGGCACCAACUCCCUUAUGUUUUUCUCCAUCUCAGUCUCCCAGGCCUGGGACAGCAGCUCCCCAGAACCAGUUGUGGGACUGAAGGUUAACCCUUCCCCUGCUGGCCCUUCCCAACACCCAGGCCCCUCCACCAGCUUGGCCUGUCUACCAGCCUCCUCUGGGCAUUCAUGAGUUUCAUAUGAAGUACUGUGCCCCUUCCCUUCCUUACACCGCCCGCCCCUGAGCUUCCUGAAGGUCCUCACAAUUUGCAUAUCGCUCAGGCCACUUCCAAACCCAACCUAGGUUUUAUAAUGUAUAUUAUAUUUUUUUGUGUAUUUUUUAAAAUCCAGCUGUGAUGGGUUGUAUGUAUCAUAAACAUGGCGUGGGGCUGGGGCAGGGGCCCUCAAGGCCCAGCUCCUGCUCCAAAAAAAAAAAAAAAAAA